UAUUAGUUUCCUGUUUAUAAAGUGACCUUUUUUUCUUGUUUUAGUUUUUUUAUUAAUUUCCAUAUUCAUAUUAAGUAUUAACUCAAGAUAGGACAGAGAAGAACUCAAGUCAAUUCUGUUGAGCUUUCAAUAGUUAAUUUUGAAAGAGGGUCUCUUUGAUCCAUAAACAGAUGAAUUGUAGAGGAAGCAGCAAUUGCUUUUUAUGUUGAAUAACGCAAAGUUCCUCUCUUUUUCUUAGAUAUUUUCAACAACUGAGACUCCUUCUUCCUCCAUCGAAGGUAGUUUGAGUAAACAGCUGGAGGAACUGACAGUGUGAACUUAACUACACUACCCAUGGAUAAAGAUGCUAGGAUGCAAGAGACAGUUGAUUUGAAAAACAACGUGGAAUUAGUGAGAUCUGUCUCGGAUAAGCUUUUGAGGCCAUCUGCGAGAAAUUAUUCAAUAUUUAGAGGACAAGCAAUAGAUGCUGCAGGCCAUGGAAAGGGAAAGUAUUCGUUAAUUAGAGAUACAGAGGACUACCAAACGGGACUUUAUGAUAAACCCCUUCCAUUUUUCGGAUGCGGAGUUGGAUGGUUCUCAUUCCUUUUCGGAUUCCUAUGCCCACCGAUGUGGUUUUAUGCUUCCUACCUGUUUGUUUGCCUAUUUCAUGCAGAUAUCGCGUAUUAUUGCAUUAGUAUGCACCGUAGCAUUGCUGAUAAUAGCAGUCAUUCUUAUGCUAAGAUGGUGGUUCUUCCAGGUGUAAAUUAA